UAAUGUAAAAUAAAUAAGGUAGAGACCAAACUUGAUAUGUACCAGAUACUCGAGGGACUAAUGAUGUAAUUUACUCAGUACAUAAAAUGACAAAUAUGAGAUUAUGAGCAGACACCAUCGCACCUGCAAAGCAUCUCUCCCUCUCUCUCACACACACAAACUGCCUUCUCUACCUUCUCCGGCUCUGUCUCCGCCAUUCUCCACCGUCAUGACAGGCUCCUCCGCGUCUUCUCGCAAGGUUUUAAGCAAGAUAGCUAGCAAUAGACUUCAGAAGGAGUUGGUCGAGUGGCAGGUCAACCCUCCUUCUGGAUUUAUACACAAAGUCACCGACAAUCUUCAAAGGUGGGUAAUUGAAGUGCAUGGAGCUCAGGGGACUAUUUAUGCUAAUGAAAAAUACCAGCUCCAAGUUGAUUUUCCUGAGCAUUAUCCUAUGGAGGCACCUCAGGUGAUAUUUAUGCAUCCAGCUCCUCUACACCCACACAUUUAUAGCAAUGGCCAUAUUUGUUUAGAUAUUUUAUACGAUUCAUGGUCACCAGCUAUGACUGUGAGCUCCAUCUGUAUAAGCAUUCUCUCCAUGCUAUCAAGUUCAACAGUGAAGGAACGACCAGAAGAUAAUGAUCGGUAUGUUAAGAACUGUAGAAAUGGCAGAUCUCCCAAGGAAACUAGAUGGUGGUUUCAUGAUGAUAAAGUUUAGUGAAAAGAAGACCAGUCAUUCCAUUCCCAUAUCAUCUGUUGUCCAUAAUUUGCAUAUUUUGCCUUGCUGCAAACAUGAAUGAAUGAUAUCCGAUGUAGCUGUAAAGUGGCAAUGCCUAUUUUGGUUUGACUGUAAAUGAAGAUCACGUCUAUCUCUUGUUUGUUUUACCCAAAA